AUGAAUAGUUUCAUUAUAGACAGUAAUGAUGACUCUGACUACUACUAUGAGAAUAACAAUAACAAAGAAAGAAUUGAACCAUAUUCAUCGUCUUUAUCAUUACCGCUUCAUACAUUUCCAUCAUCUACGGUUUCAUUAGUUUCCAAUCCUCGAGAUUUCCUUGAAGAGGAAAUAUCAACAAUAUUAAUUAACAGUGAUUCAUCUGAAUGUAAUGAGAAUUUCCUGAUUUUCAUUAAAUGUAUUUUGGAUAAUGUAUACAAUACCAGCAGUAAAGAUAAAUCGUCAUCAUCAUCAACAACAAUACCGUCAUCAUCAUAUGAAGAGAUUUCUUAUUAUGCCUUGAAACUAUUAACGUCUAAUUUAUUUGUUAAGAAUUUCCAAUUUUGUGUGGGGAAAAUAUUGGCAUUUUUAAAUAUGUUCACUCAGAUCACUCAAACAUGGCUAGAGGAAACUGAAGAAGUCAACGAUCAAAGCUCUUGUGUAAAAUAUGAAUCUGAAUGUUUAAAAGAAUUUUUAUGUAUAACUUUAUUGUUGCUAUUGAAAAUUAAGAAUAGUGAAGAUGAAAAUACCCUUGACGGGAAUGAUUCAAUAAUAUCUACAGAUAGUGCAUCAACAACUGCCACUGCUACUGCGACUGAUGGAUUGAAGUUAAUUGAUAUUGAUUAUUUAUUUCAAACUUUAAGUCAAUUUCAUAUAAUGUCAAUAUUGGCAGAAUUUAUUACUACAGAAAUAGUGGCAAUUGAUCAAAACCAAUCGAAAUUUGUCAUUUUGAAAUUUAGUUGUGAUAUAAUAUUUGAAUAUUUCUAUCGAAUAGAAAUAUUAUCUGAUAUUGAAUUAAAUGAAUUGAUCAACAGUGCUAAUAGCAACAACAACAACAAGAAUUUGAUAUCUACGUUAGUUCAAUAUUUAUUACACAAUGAAAACUUUAAUAAUUAUGAUUUAGAUGCUGAUGAUUUCAAUAACGAAGAUAAAUUAAUAGCCUACGAAGAAUUAAAAUUAUUAUUAUUAAUUAAUGAACAAUUUUUAAUGAAGUCUUAUAAUACUAACAAUAAGAAUUUAGUAUUUGAUGAAUUAAUGAUGGGUAAUAUAACCAAUGGGAAUUUGAAUAAUAUAACGGGAUUUAUUAAUUUAUUAAUUUAUCACUUGAAUCGAGAAGAAUCUCAUAUAAUUAAAAUAUUAAUUCUUAAAUUUUUAUAUUUAGUAUUUACAUCAUCGUCAACAUGUAAAUUGAUAUAUUUGAAUGAUUUGAAGAUUCUUAUUGAUAUUUUAUUAAGAGAAUUGAAUGAUUUGGAUUAUAAUGAUAAUAUUGUUUUAACAAUGACCUAUCUUCGAGUUUUAUAUCCCAUUUUAAUGUUUUCUGAACUUUGUGAAAUUAAUGGGCACGGCUAUAAAAGUCAAGAAAUUUUGGAAACUUUACGAAAUAUAAUUAUUAAUUCAGAAAUAAAAUCAGUUGAAUUAGAAGAAGAAUUGAGUAUUUCCAAAUUAGCAGUAAAAUGUAUGAAUGUUAAAUGGUUAAAGAAACUGGCCCAACAUCAAGACUUCAAUCAAGGUAUAGUUGAUCAAAGUACAAAACCAGCCGCCAUUACUAAAUCACAAUCAACUCAAGAUACACAUAGCUCUGAAGAAGACGAAGAAGAGGAAGAUGAUAAAAUUAAAUUAAAUGAAGACAUUAAUACUUCUAAAGAAUCUUUAGCCAAUUCAUUUACUAGAGUUGCAUCGGUUAGAGCAUCUUCAAGAAGUGAUUAUCAUAAACAUACAACUGUUCAUAAUAUAGAAAGAAAAAAUAGUAUGAAAUCAACAGCAACCAAUAGCAAGACUACCACAACUAAUUACGAUGAUCCCAAAAAUGAUAUGAUAAUGGAAAAUAAUGGGAAUAUAUUUUUAUCCAAAUUUUCCAAAAUGUCAAUUAAUGACAACCAUAAUCGUAAUAUUCGCCAACUUACAAACAAUACCUCAAUGUCAGAUUCAUUAUUAUACAAUUCUAGAAAGAACUCCCAAUCCAAACCAUUCAUCACCACCACCACCAACAACAACAACAACAAUCGUACUAACCAUAACCUUCUUGAUUUACCUUCUGAAUAUUUAAUUUCUAAGCCUUUACCAAAAUUACCUAUCCCUGAAAAAAGACAGAAUAUGAUGAUUUAUGAUAACAACAAUAAUAAUUCUUCAACUUCAUCGUUGAACUCUAAUUCAUCAUUAAAGCAAAAGGCAUUAAAGAAGAAAGCUCCACCACCUCCACCUCCACCUCCAAGAAGACGAAAAUGA